CUGGUCUACGUUAUUCCGUUCCGCCAACACCCCCACCGUCUCCCCUCUUCUCUCGGUGUGUAGUAGGCUAGGCUUACAACUUAGAAGGUUUCUUCAGUGAAAGCGGUGACUCGCAUACAAAUGGACAAAGGCUAAGCAGACAGAACAAAUCGCGUUGUUUCUUAAACUCAGGGAACCGUAUACGACAUCAAACCCCCACGCGUUGUCGGAGCAAACUUUUUAGGGUUCCCUUUUUUCUGCGCUUUCGUAAUCUUCCUCUCGGCCGUUGUCGAGUUAAUGAACCUCAAUCCGUACUUCAUAUAAUUGAUUCCAUGGCAAUGAGGAGACUGGGUUUCUGUUAAUUUAAGUUCUCAAGUAUCAAAUGGACGAGUUCCUUGGCAGGAAUUUGAACAUUGUUCUCUAUAAGAAUUAUUAGGUACCCAGAUUUUGAGAAACUGAAGCCAGUUGGCCUUGGAUGGCUCCAGGAAGCAGUAUCCGCGUAGAGGUUCCAGAAUCUUUGUCCAUGAAUAUGGAAUUAUCUUCAACUAAAAAUGAAAUGGAGAGUGCUUUGACGGGUAAAAUUUCCAACAUUUCUAAUGCUCAAGUGGGUUUGUCAUCAACCAGCGGUGUGCAUGAGCUACUUGAGUGCCCAGUUUGCACCAAUUCCAUGUAUCCUCCCAUACACCAGUGUCCAAAUGGCCACACACUUUGCUCGAAUUGCAAAGCUAGAGUUCAUAAUCACUGUCCUACUUGCAGAUUCGAAUUGGGAAACAUAAGGUGCCUAGCUCUUGAGAAAGUGGCUGAGUCACUUGAACUUCCUUGCCGAUUUCAGAACCUUGGAUGUCCUGACAUGUUCCCUUAUUAUAGUAAAUUGAAACAUGAGCAGCUGUGCAGAUUCAGACCCUAUAAUUGUCCCUAUGCGGGUUCAGAAUGCCUGGUUACCGGUGAUAUUCCAACACUUGUUGCACACCUUAAAAAUGAUCACAAGGUGGACAUGCAUGACGGAUGCACAUUUAAUCAUCGCUAUGUCAAAUCCAAUCCACAAGAGGUUGAGAAUGCAACAUGGAUGCUCACUGUUUUUAAUUGCUUUGGGCAACACUUCUGUCUACACUUUGAGGCAUUUCUUCUGGGAAUAGCUCCAGUUUAUAUGGCUUUCCUGAGAUUCAUGGGAGAUGACAACGAAGCAAAGAACUUCAGCUACAGUCUAGAAGUAGGUGGAUAUGGCCGGAAACUAAUAUGGCAGGGGGUUCCAAGAAGCAUUCGAGACAGCCACAGGAAGGUCCGUGACAGUUAUGAUGGGUUGGUCAUUCACCGUAACAUGGCACUCUUUUUCUCCGGUGGCAAUAGACAGGAGCUGAAGCUGCGAGUGACUGGUCGAAUAUGGAGGGAACAAUAGACAUGGCCCUUAAAAUAUAUUUCCUAGCCUUAUUCCAUGGCCAUCAUUCUCGUUGAUUUAACUGUGAAUAAUCUGACCCUAAGACCAGAAAUUAUAUGCUUGAUCUGGUGCAUGCUUUAAACUGUAAAUGAAAUGAACUUUGUGUUGUAAGCUUAAGAAUAAAUCCCCCCCACCCCCACCACAUGUAUUUACCCAAAA